GUCAAACAACAGAAAAUGAGCGCGCAAAGAUGCACCAAGUGCAAACACACGUUUCCAAGAACUUCAAAGCACUGGGGAGCCCAAUUUGGAGCCGGAGGCGUUGUGAUCAAUACUCGUUGUCGGUCCUGUUGCGAGAAGGAUGCAAGGCGGGCGGCGGAGAAGCGAGGCACCGCCAAAGCCGCGGACAGUGAGAAUGACAACACAGAAGACGCGUCAGACUUCAUCAAAGCCAUUCCUCUGGUGGCAUUUCUCGACGCGCUUUCCAAUGGCACUACGGACGUACAUCACCUUUGCGCUCUUGUCAAUGUUUCCUCCGUAGUCGACAGUCCGGACUUGCGCGAAGCAAAAGAUGGGGAGUUGGCAUUCAAGCCUGUAGUAGAUCAAAUUGCGGCCUAUGUGUGGGAAAGAACAGAUUAUCGCUUCACAUAUCUGAGAUCAACAACUACUAAAGACCGUCAAACAACACGCUUUAUAUACCACUGUGCACAGCUUGCAUCUCGUCAGCAUAAGCCGAAGAAGAUCGGUGAUAUGAAGAAGCAACGGGACAAGGGCCAGAUGGACACCUUCGACUGUGAGGGCUAUCUAACGAUCUGGGCUGCAGAAAAUCAAGAUCAAUAUUUCAUUCGCUACGCCCACAAUGAUCUGCACCUGAAGUACAAGUGCAUUGAUCUUCCGGAAGAUGUUAAGCAGCUCGUAGAUGGUAACUUGGAGCUCCGAGUCACCGAGAUCUGGAAGAAGAUUCUUGCUGUCUAUCCACAACCGAUGUUCACUCGACAGCAGAUUUAUAAUCGUUGGUUACUGAAGACCAAUUCGAAGUGGCGAUUGGAUGACAACGAGGUUAAAUCAGCCAAGAUGUUGCUCGAAGCGCUGCGUAAUUCAAAAGAGGGCUAUGUCGAACCCAUUGUCUUUCCCGAAGACAACGAUGGAUACACCGCAUUUGGCUUUGCAUUGCCAUCACUUAUUCGCCGGUGGGGUGGUGCAAUUGUUGAGGUCGCACUCGACUCGACCUUUAAAACAAACAAGGCAGGCUAUGAGUGCUUUGCGCUACUGGGAGAAGUCUAUGGAUCGGGUCUCCCACUCGGGUUUCUCCUGAUUCAAUCAAACAAUCCUAGCCCCGGUGAAAAGGAGAAAUAUAUUCGCUCUCUCAUCCGGGACAUCACAUCGAAGUGGAAGAUUACUCCCAUCCAAUCCCUCAGCGAUAAAGACAUCACCGAGAUCAAUGCGUUUCUUGCUGAACUGCCUGACGACAUCAAGCAUCAGCUUUGCUUCUGGCAUGGGAUCAGGGCCGUCCGCGGUCGUUUGUCCGUAAUCGGGCGCCCACCGGCAUUCUAUCAUGCUGAAGAAGCAUUUCAAGAAUUCGACUUCAUCGACAGAGACUUUGUGCCUCUUGCUCAGAUGGAUCCAGCUAAGCGGACCCCUGAGAAUCUUCAGGUCGCUCAAGUCAUGCUGCCGAUGUUGAAGGUCCGCCUGAAUGGAUCCGCUAUCUCCACGGCUCCCAAACUACCGAAAAUAGUCAUCCAAGUUGACGGAAAGCUCCGCGAGUUUCUCGGCAGCCUGGACAGCCUGGAAGAAUCGGAUAUCGUGGAUGUCGUAGACGAAGAAGAGGAGUAUGCUGAGCAUCUCAUUCGAGAGAAUGCUCACAUGGUCAAUCAAGCAGAAGCAGAGCCGUCCUGGAUAGAGCCCGGCGAGAAACCAAUCGGAACCAGCUUCCGUGUCAGCGACGACUACGAGUUCUGCCGUCCGCCGCACCGAUCGCAGCUCCUCCAUACUUUCAUCCGACAUGGCUGCCUGCAUCCUCUGCUACCGGAACGUCACGGAGAACGACGCAACAAAGAUCAAAUCCGACGCGACUGUGUCUUCGAGAUGUACACUUUCUGCAAGCAGCGCGGUCUACGCGAAGUUUGGGGCUAUAUGUGGGAAGCGUGGUAUUGUCCAGCAAAAUGGAGGCUUUGGGCACGUUCGAGCCAGCCGAAUUUCAUUGGUCGCUGGCGUACCACAAUGUCCGUGGAGAAUUUCUGGAAGAACUUGAAGCACGGAACUCUACACCAUUUCCUCCAUCCUCGGCUGGAUCAACUCGUUUAUCUUAUUGUGACCGAUGUCGUUCCAACUUUCGAAGCAAGUAUGCUCAAAUUCGAUCCAAAUUGGCGACUCGGCCGAUCGAAGAAGCUUGCACCGUGGCAGUCCGCUUUCAAAUCUGAAUGGGCGAAGCUUUCUCGCCGUGAACUGGACUCUAAUGCUGACUCAUACACCACGGACAUUUCGACGUGGACUUGCACUUGCGGGCAGCAGAAGUACAAUGCAUUCCUCUUAUGCAAACAUCUCGUUCAAUCCGUUGAAUCUCCUGACCCCAGAUUUUUCCGCGAAGUUUAUCGGAGGCGGGUCACUCCGUUCUAUCAUCACGCGCUUCUAAAGCCAAAAGAUGGUUCUUCCGUCGACGAUUCUCACUUUUUUCCCUCGCGUCUCGCUGGCGACCUCACACCUGAACAGUUUUACCUGCCUCAGGCCAAAGAGCUCGCUGUCAGUGAGCAAUCCCGGAAACGCAACUUCAGCAACACUCAGACCGAUGAGUCCGCUGAGAGACAGCUAACUGACAGCGAAGAUAAUCCAGUCGCCGCUUCGUCUUCGCCGACACGUUCUCAGUCGGCCGUUCAUCCGGAUGAAGACUUUGAUGAUUCGGAUGAGCUCGAAGACCAUACCCGUAAACUUAUCCAGGACCUGCGUCGUGGAGCGGAUAUCCUAGAAGGACAGCUCUCGCAGCUGUCCGAGUCGAAGAUACUCUUGCGCAAUGUGAAACGACGAAAGCUUGGCCGCGAUGUUACCCAUUUCGUUCAAGACAUUCGGCAUUCUCACGAAACAGGGCGCGUGAGAAAGACUGUGUGGGGACAAAAUGGUGGGAAAGCAGCACGGAGAUACACUAAUAAUACACUGGGCUCGAGCCAGCCAUCGUAA